AUGCCGACACGCAGUAAUGAAAUCUACACCGCACACUUCGAUAGCAACCAAUUCGUAGUUGGCGGUGGUGUCGCAAUAUUCCAUCUUGCCACGAAUCGAGUCGUGAUAUGCAGCUGCGUGUAUCGCGGACAAAAGUUCUACUUCCUCCCUAAGGGACGGCGCGACGCUGGCGAAGAGAGCGGCACAGGUGCCGAGAGAGAAGGGUACGAAGAGUCUGGCUAUCGCAACCGCCUUCUCCCUCUACCUACUGCUCAUCGCCAACCGCAAGCCCACCCGCGUAUCCAUGCUUCUCCACAGACUGCCGAGCCAGUAUGCAUGCAGCUCCUUCCUCUCGGUUCUCGGCAGUAUAUAAUUUACUGGUACAUUGCUGAGACACUUCCUCCAAUUCUCGAAACCCUGCUUGAGACGGAAGCAGGCGCGGCGAACAACCCCCCACCGCCAUAUCCUCAGAACCUUUCUUUACGAGAGAGAAUCAAGGAAGAACCUGAAGGGUACGAGCCAAGACACCACGAGAAUACAGGAGUAGAUGAGCUGGAAGUAACGUAUAAAAGUGAGUUGGUGAGUGUGGAGAAAGCGGUGGAAAAGCUAGGACGGGAAGGCAGUAUGGGAAAAAUCAUGGCGGAUGUGGUUAAGAAAGGGUGGGAGGGAAUUCAACGGAGACUCGAGAUGGAAGACGCUGCCACACACGAGAGUCCUGAAGCAGUUUGA